AUGAAUGAACAAUCCCCUUUACAAUUAAAUCGAGGAAUUAUUCAACUGAGCCUUGUCACGUCCGACAAUCAUUUAACUGUAAAAAUUGUCCGCAUCAAGGGUAUACACAAUCGUUCAUCGAAUAUCUUGGUGAAAAUGACUUUAAUACCCGAUCGUAAACCGUUAGAAUGUAAUACACGUGCUGUUCCCAAUGUGAACAGUUCAGCGAUAUUCAACGAAAAAUUCACAUUCGAAAUCAACACAGAUGAUUUACACAAACGACUAUGCUUUUCUAUCUAUAACUAUCAACAAGAAAAGAAUGAUAUGCAACUACAAGGUUGUUUGUCCUUUGGAAUCAAAAAUACAUUGAAGAAACAAAGAAUUCGUGGUUGGUUCUAUAUUUUACAAGAAGAUGUCGGCGAAUUACGUCACAAACAAGUACCUGAUCAUGGUGAAAAACAUGUUACAGCUAUUAAUCGUGAUAUUGCCGAUCUAGAAGAGCAUCAAUUUGUUAUUUCACGUGGUAUCAAUGAUUCAUUUGGUUUCACAGUUGUAGGUGAUAGUCCAACAUUUGUUGGUAAAGUAACCGACAAUAGUCCAGCAGCACAAUGUGGUUUAAGACCAGGAGAUUACAUUGUUAAAGUCAAUGGACAAAAUGUAUCGCGUGCACAACAAAGAACUGUAUCAAACUUAAUCAAACAUAUGAAGCAUUCAGUUACGUUGGAUAUUCAUCGUUAUCCAAGUGCACAUGCGACAGCUAAUCGUGAUAUUCUUUCGCUGCUGUCAUCAACUGGCACCGUUUCAACGGAAGAUUCUUCAACAUGUAGUGACUCGUCCAUAUCUUAUCGUUCACAUCAUUUGAAACAGAUGCCAUUAACAAAAGCAAAUCGUCAUUUUGUCGAUCUCGCUCAAUUAGGACAUUACGUUGAACCUAAACCAAUGAUUCGACAAGCCACAACGACUUCGUCCUCGUCAACGGCUGCCUCAGCACUGCAGCCUUUCUAUGAAAUGACCAAUUCGUCAAUGUUAGCUGUGAAAGGUUCUCCAACGAAUACAUUUAUACUUUUCAUUCGAGCAAACAUUGUUCUAGUUUGUCAAUGUAAUCGAAGAUUACGAGACGAACGAGCGAAGUGCGCUCAAUGUCAGUGUCGACUAUGUUAA